AUGGAAAAGAAGAUCAUAUACGAGAGUUUUCAAUGGUUCAACAAAUAUGUCGCAAUAAAUCACGAGCAGCUGUCUGCUGUGCGAAAUAUCGUGAAUCGGACUUCGUUCCCUGCUCCGUACAUAUUGUUUGGACCACCCGGUACUGGAAAAACUUCAACUAUCGUAGAGGCAGUUUUACAAAUUUGGAAACUACAACCCAAAGCCAACGUUCUCGUACCGGCAGCUUCAAAUUUCGCCUGUGAUGAAUUCACCACGCGCCUGCUGGAAUUCAUUCCCGCCACCGAUGUGUUCCGUUUCGUAUCCUUCGUAUCGAUUUUGCUGAUAACGGAACAACACCUUCGUUCUCAAAGAGCAGUGGAGGUUUUGAGGAAGGUGGUGAGUAUCGUCGCGGCCCCGACUACGAAUAUCCGGAAGGCGGUACAUCAUACGAGGAAAAUUCAUCGUACGGCUAUGGUGGAAGUGGAAGACCGUUCCGCGGCCGUGGAGGAUUCCGCGGACGUGGUGGUUUCCGUGGCGGUUUUUAUCGUGAUGGCCCACCGCACCACGGGGACAAUGAUGAAUGGCGUCGAUCAGGAGUCGAUGGCAAAUAUGAUUCACGCCGUCGUUCGUGAACCAGGAAUCGAUAGAUCUAGCUCCCGUUCACCGAGGCGACGCAGUCCGGCUGAUUCUGAUUCGUCUUCUUGUAUGAAUGGCAUGUUAUCGAAUGCAAGAACGUUACCAGAAGUGGCACGGAAAUCUACCACAUUGCACCUAACGGACGGAGACCACGAAAUAGUGGACAGCCUGAUGAAGGACGAGGAAGGUAAACACCACCUUCGUAUUACUCAGCGACUACGCCUCGAUCAACCCAAGUUGGAAAAUCUGCAGAAGCGCAUAUCGACGUCAUCGUCGCACGCAAUCUUCCUCGGCCUGCUGGGAUCGACGUCAUCGGUAGCAUCGUCGGAUGAUGUCAGCGUUCAGACGCGUCCACUGCGUAAUCUCGUGUCCUACCUGAAGCAGAAAGAAGCGGCCGGCGUUAUAUCCUUACUCAAUAAAGAAACGGAAGCAACCGAUGUGCUCUACUCAUUCCCGCCAUGCGAUUUUUCGACAGAAUUGUUGAAACGAACAUGUCACAACCUCACCGAGGAGGGACUGAAGGAAGACCAUCUGGUAAUCGUGGUGGUCCGAGGAGGAACAAUCCUCUGA